CGAUAACAAAGCCGCUCUUGCAGCGGCUAAUUUGAUAUUCAACCAUGAACCGCGAUAGGCCGACAGUUCCCGGGACAUCCCUGCAUGCAUGCAGGUCACCCCCUCCAUGGCCGCACCUGCAUAACCGAGACGAAUCUCGGUCAAACAUGUCGUGCUCUGUUUCUCUGCUGCCGUGCAAUGCCGCGCGGGCCUAAAUUGCGGUCGGACCGAUUUUACACCUCAGAUUUUCCCAAGUUGAAGAUGCCAGUUCGGGAUUUGUUGACGCCACCGAAGUCGUUAAUGUUGUUUUUUUGUUUGUUUGUGUCUUAUCGAUUGCUACUGAUGAUUAUGACAGCUUAUGGAGUUUAAUAGGACGAUAAUAUUCUGAUUAGUAAGGAUGGAAGGUAGGUAGGUCUGGGCCUCUCUGCGCUAACCGCAUGCGGUCGCGCGGUUCGAAGCUUCAUUUGGCUGGAUGUCACCACAAUCUCGACUAGAACACGAUAAACUGAC